AUGCGAACCUCACAUCCAUGCGACGGAUGCGCACUCAGACGGGUGCGAUGUGCUGGCGGACAGCCUUGCCACGAGUGCAAGCAUCGAUUGAUUCCAUGCACCUUUCUGCGGGUACGACGUAAAAGAGGUCCCAAAGGCCCCAGGCCAAGCACCAAUCUGAAGAUUGACCAAUUCCAGAAGAUACUGCUAAAGAGUGGGAGCGAGCAGUCGUUGCCUACUCUACCCGCAGAUUCUGUUUUGCAGCAGGGGACCAAGAGUCCUCCAGCACUUCGACCAAAUGGUAUUUCCAUGGAGGUCUACGAGAGAUUCCUACAGGUCUUCCGCCAGCGACUGCACUCGGUUUGGCCAGUUGUUUCUUAUCAUGAUCUUGUCGGCCGCCUCAGAAGCAAUCGCCAUGACUAUGAAUCGUACUCACUUGCAGCCGCUCUAUGUUCGGCCGUCAUUGCGCAAUUGCGACUCCGGGAGCAUGUUGUUUCCUUAGACUCCAUUUCGUCCUUCGAGCUGGCCGCAGAGUCCCAGAGACUCAGACGACUCUUUGACUACCAAGAGCACUUCACCAUGUCAUCUCUCCUGACCUCGUUCUUUCUGCACAUCUACUUUGCAAACGCCGAUAAGCUGCGGACCGCUGGCUUCUUCCUCCGCGAAAGCCUCACUUACGCGCAUGGCCUCAAGCUGCAUCAACCCGAAUCCUAUGCUGGUUUGAGUUACAGGGACAAGCAAAUACGACUACGGGUGUUCUGGAUCUUGUUCGUGUCAGAAAGAACGUAUUGCAUUCAAAAUGAUCUGCCGAUAACCUUGCGACCGAUUGAUGAAAUCCCAGAUGCCAACCCAAAGGACGGGUACGACAGCGCUCCGAUGCCGGCAUUCGUUACCUUGAUACGUUUAUUCACCUUUCUCGAUGGCGACAUCCUCGAGUCCGCGGUCUCGCUCGGCGACACUACGUUGCAGAUUUGCGCAAAAGGCAAAGUAUCCCGUCUGCAGCACAAUCUUGUACGACAGGAUGCGGGCAAGGACCUCGAUGAAUCGCAAACAGUGGACCUCCUAACAACGCGAAACUGGAUUCGGAUUCUUUUGUGGCAAUACACUAUUGCACGUUUCUCGGUGUCCUGCCAGGCCCAAGACCAGGCCUUUUCAGCAUUACUUCCAGCGACUGUUGCACAUGAUAUGCUGUUGCUGCUUGAUAAGGUAUCUUGGAAGUCCGUGCAGCCCCAUGGAUAUGGCAUGGAACUCAAGAUCUUCCGAAUGGCUGACUCCCUUCUUGACGUGUUACUAUGCGCUCCUGCCUCGGUUGGAACUCGUAAAUUACUCACAGAUUCGAGGGAAUCACUGCAUUCCUUGGAGAAGGUUCUAGGUGAUGUUGGAGGAGCACAGUCGCAAUUCCUAGCUAUGUUGCGGAAGAGAAUGCUUGAAUCUCAGCUCCCUCCUCCGCGAACCAUAUGGAACGACCUGAAGAUUUCGAGUCCUCAAUACCAGGUAGAAGAAGAGCUGAUAUCCCCUAGCUGA